AUGCGGUAUCGCCUCAACCUGCUGCAGACGCUCGUGUGCGCCACGUCCCACGUCAUCACGCCGGGGCAGGCGGAGGGGCUAUGGCUUGCCCUCGUGGAGAGGGCUGUUUCCACCGCGGAGCUGGACUCGAGCUUCCAGGCGCUGCUGGGCCUGGGGAGGGAAGCGCCGGAGGGGCUCGCCGCCCUCGCCGGCACUUUCUUCGAGCGCAUGUGCUGUCAGGGUGGGGGCCCGGCGGCGGGGAACGGACACUGCCGGGGGGUGCGGGGCGGCUCGACGACGGUGGCAACCCCGGAUCUCAUGGCCGUCGAUGCGGAGGAGGAGGAGGAGGCCAGACGGCAGCACACGACGCGCCGGCGGCAGCAGCAGCAGCAGCACUUCCACAUCGACAAGCUGCGCCCGUCCGGGUUCCGGUUCUUCAUCUGCUGCCUCGAGGUCACCAACCUCGCCAGCGGAUGUCUACGUCCCCGUAGCCCUAGCGGUGGCAGCGGCGGCAGCGCUGACUCUAGCCCCGAAGACCCAGGGCCGAUGCCGGGGCCAAUGCCGGAGCUCGAGCCGCCUGAGGGGGAGGCGGGGGGAGACGCAGGGGAGGCGGGGGGGGUCGGGAGUUACGUCGUGGUGAGCAUGGAACUGCUGGGGCUGGAGACGUUGUGGAGCAUCGCGCUCGAGGUGGAGGAGGAGGAGGUCUCCGAGGCGGCGAUCAAGAAGCUGUGCGAGCUCUGCCUCCAUGUGGAAGUGUCGGACGAGCUUUCGGCCGACACUGUUGCCAGAGAACGCGCGGCCUUCGUGUCCCGCUGCACCGACCGCUUGGCGAGGGCCGCGGACACCCUGAGGGCGGGGGCGACGCCUUCUGACGGGGGCAGUGUUGGUGUGGAAGCGCAGCAGCACCGGAAGACGGCCGUGGUUAGCGCGACCCGUUCCCUGCAGCUGCUGCUGGCCUACCUCGAGGAGGCGGGCGACCGCAUGCGCGCCCAGGGGCUGUCGGUGCACAGCCACUGCGGGAACCAGCAGUUACUGCAGCACUCGCGCGGCACGAUGGCCGUGCGGGUGCAGCCCAGCGGCGGGAAGGAGACGGAGGUACAAGUCUUCCCGGGCCAGACCGUGCAAUGCUUCAGGGUGGCCGUCGCGAUUAGCCUGGGCCCGGAGUGGACGGCAGGCACGACCCGCCUGCUCUACCGGGGACGCGAGAUGGACGCGGACGACAAGACCCUCGAGGAGCAAGGAGUUCUAGAAGGUUCAAUGGUACACGCGGCGAAGCGGCUCACGCCACAGACGAGCGAGCAGCGGACGACAAUCACACCGCGGACGAAGCUGACCCUCCGUGUCAGGCCCCCGCAGCCGGAUGGAGAAAAGGCCACCCCUACCGUACUGAGACCGGUCUCGCGAGAGCCGAGCGAGGCGGCCGACGGCGCAGGCAGCAGCCCCGCCGCCCCGGGCUCGCCGCCCGCCGCACAGCGGGGACGAAAACGCGCGGCCUCCUGCGACGCCGCGGACCCGGCUCCCCGAAAGGACCUUGCUGCGGCGGGCGCUGCUCCGGGAAGGGCAUGGAAGGGCAGCGGCGGCGGUGGUAACGGUAGUAGCGGUGGCGCUGGUGGCGGUAGCGCUGGUGGCGGCGAGGGGGUUGGGAGCUCUGCCGCCACCUCGAUGGACAUCAGAACAAGCAGCGGCAGCAGCCCGGCGAAGAAACCUCCGGAGGUCGGAAGCAGCAACGGCGGUAGCAACGGUCACGCUUCUUCUCCCUCGAGAAAAGCGGCGGCGGCGGCGGAGCCGGCGGAGCAGGCGGUGCCGGCACAGGGGGUGCCGGGACGCCUGCCUGGAUUUUCGAGCGGCGACGGUGACGCCUCCUCGCCCGUCGAGGAGGUCAGCAGCGCCGGGGUGGUGGCUGGCAACGGCGGCGGGAGCGUGGUGGUCGAAGGCUGCAUGAAGGUCACGCCGCCCUCGGAGCUUCCUCUCCUUGAGCUCGAGAAGCAGUCAACCGUGGACACGCUGUUCGAGCUCAUGGAGUCUGGGCAGAGCGUGAGCGUGUUAGUGUGGGACCUGCUGAUGAAGAUGCCGACCAACAUGAGGCUCUUCAACGGGUUCUUGUCCAUUGGCCUCACCACAGGACCGACGAUUGCGCGACAAGAACACGCCGCCGCCGCCGCGGCCGUUGAGGGCGGCCCGCUGUCCCUCCUCCAAGACGCCUCCUCCAGCCGCCUCCUGUACUCGCUCAUGAUCGUGGAGCACCUCUUGAGCCGGGACAUGUCCACGCCCCUCCUCAUCGCCGACGUGCCCCCCAGCGGCGGCAACGGCGGCGAACGGAGCUUGGAGCAGCAGCAGCAUGCGUCCGGACACGACGAGAGCAAUUCCGUCGCGACGACCGUCCGCCUAGCCGCGAUAACGGCGUUCACUGGCGGCGGUGGUCUCACCGAAAGCGCUACGGAGAUAAAGCCCGGCAUGAACGGGGUAGCGGGACAGGAGCCGGCCACCGCCGGUGGCGGUGGCGGUGGCGAUGGGAAUAGCGACGGUGACUGGGAGGUGUACCAACCGGCGGCGUUUGGUGUCGGCGGCGGGGCUUGCAGCGAUUUUGUGGCCGGCUGUGGCGGCGUAGAUGUAGGUGAGGUCGUUGGUGUAGGUGGAGCGAAGAUCGGCCGGAGAACAUGGCGUGAUCGGUUCGUCGGCAGCGGGGGCAUCGAUGCCCUGGUGGAGCUGGUGCUGACGAGGGACUGGGAUGCUACUCGAGGGUGUCGGGACUGCGGGGGCGAGGAGAGGGGCUGGCCCGGGGAAAGCACCGCGGCGAUCUCUCUGGCUUGCCUCGCGCUGCUGCUGGUGCUCCUUGAGAGGUUCAUGGAGGAAGGGUACUUGCCGGAGCCGCGGCAGCUGACGAGGCUGAUGGAGCGUCUCCCGGUCAUUCUCUUUACCACCUGCCGUUGCUACCGUGAGCUAGCGGCCCCGGCGGCUGGCGCGACGUCGGGAACGUCUACGACGAGGCCUAGGCACCCCGCCGCCGCCGCCACCGCCGCCGCUGCUGCGACCACCACCGCUACCGCCAGCAAGGGAGAUUUCGACCCGCUGGUGGAGACAGUGCGAGCGGCGCGCUCCUGCUCGGCGAUCAUCACCAACCUUCUCACGCUUCCCCGCCCGCCGCCGCCUCCCGCCGGUCCCGCCGGAAGCGGGGGAGGGUCGGCGGCGGCGGCGGCGGCGGCGGCGGCGGCGGCCACGGCCGCCGUGCAGGAGUGCUUGACGCUGAGCGCGAGGGCCGGCAUGGCCAUGACCAUGGUCUCGAGCACGGCGUUCGGGGAGGCGGUGAGGGAGGCGCUCGUGCGGACCCCGUCGCGGGAGCUGCGGGAGAACGCGAUGGGGGUGAUGGCCGCCCUCGCCGGGAUCGACCGCGAGGUCGCGGGGGGGGCGGGGGCGUACGAAGGCGGUGGCGGCGGCGGCGGCGGCGGCGGCGAGUUCGUUAGUCAGACCACGGUUAUGGCUCAGCUUUUGAUUUCGCUGGUGCCCUACGGCAGGAACGAGCCCGACGGGGCCAAGUGCCGCGAGCUCUACCAGCUCCUUUCCGACUUCCUCAGCAAGGGGAACGUGGACGCUUGCGCGCUUUGCGCCACCCUCCCGGCCCUGCGCCCCCCCCCGCCCGCGGCGCCCCCCGUAGCUGCCGGGAGCGGGUCGACAUCACCCCAUGCCACUGGCGAAAACGCCGCCAACAACGGCGGCAGCGGUGGCAGCCGCGGCGGGAUCGACGGUGGCGGCGGCGGCGGCCAUGUGGACACGUCCUUCUACCGCAUUGACGGUCCGCUCCCGGCCCCGGCGUCCGCCGACGAGCGGGAGUCCGCCUCGACGGCUGUGGCGGCGCUCUCGGAGGCGGUAGCGGCCGACGGGGUGCCCGCCCUGGCCCAGGUGGUGCCGCUGCUGGUCUGGCUCAUGCGGCUGAUCGUGAAGCCGCGGGCGACCGCGGCCGACGCCCACCUCUCCGGGCUGCUCGGGCUCGCGCGCAUCGUCAUCGGCUGGUUAGGGCCGCGGGGUAAGGAGGCGGUGGGCCUCCGGGGGCUGGAGGGGAUAUGCGCGGCCGAGGGGGGGGUGGUGGGCACGCGGGGGAGGGGCUUGCUUCACCACGUCUACCACGAGUGCUUGUUCGAUAUCGCGACGCACGACAACCACGGGCCCUUGGCCCCUCCCAAGUGCAGGUCCGAAGGUUGUCGGGCCAACGCGUUCGGGCUGCUGACGGAUCUCGCCACCGACUGCCGGGCGAACGUGGCCGUCCUCAUCGACCUCCUCCUCCGCCACCACUCGAGCUCCUCCCCCUGCCAGUCCCCGGCCGCCGCCGUCGCCGCAGCGGCAACGGUAAAGCCCCCGAAGCCGACUCGGUCCGCAUCCUCCCCUGACGCCAAAGGCGGGGCCGGUUGCGUGGAGCGGGUGUCGUGGGCGUACGCGCCGCGGCAGACGGACAAGGCCGAGUGCGGGUACGUCGGGCUGCAGAACCUGGGGGCGACCUGCUACAUGAACUCGCUGCUGCAGCAGCUCUUCAUGGUCCCCGCCCUCCGGUUCGGAGUGCUGAGCUGCGACCCGUUCUUCAGGACCCCGGAGCAGAUCGAGAAGGGGGAAGGGGUGGUCCCUAGGGAGGAGAACCUGCUUUACCAGCUCCAGGACGUGGACGAGUUUCUGCUUGUGUUCCUGGACCGGUUGGAGACGCAGCUGUCCGGCCUACCUCAGAGACGCCUUCUUCAACAUGUCUUCGGGGGGCAGCUCUGCAACCAGCUGAUAGGCGCGGAGGCUGUCUGCCCCCACGUGAGCGAGCGGCAGGAGGACUUCUUCGUCCUGGGUCUGGACGUGAAGGGCAAGCGGUCCAUCACCGAGAGCCUCCAGCUCUACGUCGAGGGGGAGGUGCUCGCGGGAGACAACAAGUUCCUCUGCGCUCAGUGCAACGAGAAGCGGGACACGCUCAAGCGCACGUGCAUCGCCCGCCUCCCUAACGUCCUCUUCCUGCACCUCAAGCGGUUCGAGUUCGACAUGAUGGAGAUGAGAAAAGUUAAGGUCAACGACAAGUGCGAGUUCCCGAUGGAGCUGGACAUGCGCCCGUACACCAAGGAAGGUCUCGCCCGACAGCAGCAGCAGCAGCAAGAGGAGAAGGGCGGAGCAACCUCAACCGGUACCGCGAAGGUCGGAGGGUCUCCCAGAGAGGAGGAAGGGGAGGCUUUCCCCGACUCGUACUACGAGUACAAGCUCGCGGGCGUCCUGGUGCACAUGGGAACGGCCGACUCCGGCCACUACUACAGCUACAUCAAGCGCAGGGACACGCAGGGAGGCGGCGACAUCCCGGCCUCAUGGUUCUGCUUCAACGACGCCUCGGUGACCCCGUUCGAUCCGGAUAGCCUGGGCAUGACCUGCCACGGGGGUUACUCCAUCAGCCCCACCGGCCGCGGCCACACGCCCAAGCAGUUCUCCGCCUACAUGCUCAUCUACGAGCGCGAGUUCAUCCUGCCGAACCCAGCGCCCCCGGCCACCCCAUCUCCGACGGCGGAUGCUGCCGCGGUGCCUCACGACGGCGGCGGCGAAAGAUCAUCGGGAACUGUCAGCGGCGGCGGCGUUGCUGCCUCGCCUUGUGGAACGCCGUCGCGAGCCGCCGCGGCCGCCGUCGCCGCGGCGCCCUCAAGCGAUGGCGCCGUAAAAGCGGCUGCGGUUGCUGUUGUCGCAGACUCCUCUGCUGCGGCCGGGAAUAAAGGAGAGGCCUUGCGUGCCCCCCGCCUCGGGGGAACCCCCGCGGAAAACGGCAAGCCGACGGGAGUGGAGGACAUGGAGGUCGAGGCGGAGGAGGAGGCGGCGGGUGGGGGGGGAGGGGGGGGGGGCAAGGGCGACCCCCAAAAGGCGGCGACCAGAGAGUUCGUAGCGGGGGGAAACGGGGAGGCGGUGUCACUGGGGGGGGCGGGGGACGAGUGGGAACCCCCGUGGAUGGGAGUGCCUCGACCUUCGGAGCUCGUGCCCCCUUCGAUUUUCCAGGCCUGCUGGAUGGAAAACCGCCUCUUCCUGAUGGACAAGAACGUCUUCAGCUCCGAGUACCUGGACUGGGUGUGCGACCUGACGGCGCUCGUGCCUCCCCCCAGGGUCCCGCCGAGCGGCAGCGGCAGCACCGAAGGCGCUCGCAUCGCCGCGGGGGGGGACGACGUUGACGAGGUGGAGCUUUCGACGGCAAAGGUGGCGCUGUUUUUGGCGCUCGACACGGUCGCGCGAGCUAAGGACAAGGAGAGGCUGUCCCAGCUGAUGGGGUAUGCCAAGAGGUGGUUCCGCUCCAGCCCGACCGUGUGCCGGUGGGCGCUCGAGCAGAUGACGGCGAACAACUACUGGCAGCACACCAUGCUGCUCCGCUGCAGCCUCCAGGGGGUGCGUUUCGAGUUCCUGCACCUGUGCGUCGACCUUGUCCGGUCCUACGCCCCCUACGAGCGACACAAGUACUACGAGGAAGACCCCUCGAUCGGGGCAAACCUCUACCUUGCAGCCGUCAGGCAGCAGCAGCAGCGGAAGGGGGAGCGGGGACGGGGGGAGGGGGGCGCGGACGGCGGUGGCGGGGGGGGUGCCGGCGGCGGCGCGAGUUCGGCUCGGGGAGUGGCGGCCGGGGAUCCUCAGGCCGUCUUGGCCAGCGCUGGGUUGUCGACCAAGGACAGCACGGUGGUGGUGCCGGCGGGGCAGUAUCGGCGGAUGGGAGGAGUGUUGGGCUCGGAAUCGUCGUUCUCGUCUAACGAUUCUCCCGGCUCUACUGGCGGCAGAUCUGAUCUCGUUCCCAGCGACGACGCCCAGUUCGGCGACCACGACGAAGACUGGGCGCCCCCCCCCAACUCCCCCAACGCCUCCCCGUACAUGGAAAACCACGUCGAUCUCGAUGGCGACGACGAUGACGAUGACGAUGGUACGAUUCCGGUUCACUUCGGCGCGAAUGAGUGCAAAGGCCGUCAGAGAGAAGAAGAAGGCGACGACGACGAAGGUUUGCUGGCGCUGUUGCCGAGGAGGGUGGCACGAGAUCCGAUGGAGGAGGAAGACUUCGACGACGAUGACGCUAGUGAUGGCGACGACGAGGGACAGGCUAUUGUAGAAGAGCACUGCAGUGGUGGAGAUGGCGGAGGCCCGUCGGGGCCGUCGAUUAAGCGAGAGUUGUCCGCGAAGGAGCAAGAGCUGGGACCGGAGACAGAGGACGAGGAUCUCGCGGAAGGGGGAGGGCUUGGUAGCCGAUCAACGUCUCCGUCGCUGUCGUCAUCGUCUUCGUCAGAAGAAGGGCCUUCGGCGGCGGCGGCGGCGGCGGCGCGUUCCCCUUCCUCGCUCUCUCUUCGUCGGUCGCCGUUACCUCAGACGCCGCCGCCGCCGCCGUUGCCUUGUUGUCUAGUACUCGCAGCGGCAGCGGCGGCGGCUUUGCGCGACUUGUCGGAAGAGGAAGAUAUAACCCAAGGCAAGGACGGGUACGGACAAUGGCCGCCAUCCCCACCGGCGCCGGAGACCGGUGUUGGUGGCGGUACUCCUAGCGCGACCGCCCCGGCUGCCGCUACUGGUGCCGAUUCCGGAGGAGUCGGGACGGGUGCGGACGCGGCGACCGCAGGCGCGAGCCCCGCCAUCGCUGCCGGCGGCAUCACCGGCGGCGGCGGCGGCGGCGGCCGGGGUAGCCGACGGACGGGGGGGCAAGAAGAGUGCGACGGCUGCGAGGUUAGCGCCGCCAACGCGGACGAGGACGACGCCGACGAGGACGACUCCAUGUCCGAGGCCAAUCAGAGGGUCCUGGCGGCGAAGACGAGGACGCGGCGAGUGGGCAUGGCCGUGAUAACCAGGCUAGGGAAGCGGGCAGCCGCCGCCGCCCCGCAGCACGAUGGCUCCGGUCGCGGUGUCAGCAGCGGCGGCGCCGAAGGCGAAGUAGGCGCGGCGAAACCGGCACAGGCAGCGGCGACGGUGGAGGCAAGCGAGGAGGUGCGGCAGCGGCGGGAAGAGCGCCCUCAAGCGGCGCAAUCUAAACCGGUUGGGAGCGAGGGCGGCGGUAGCGGUGCGCCGAACGGGGACGCGGCGGGUUCGUCGAAGAAGCGGCCUCUGUCAGCGUUGGGGGUGCUGGCCCCCAGCGGCUGUCGCCGAGAGGCGGCGUCGGGGAAGAGGAGGGUUGGGGAGCAGGGGGCGAGAGUGCCGUCGUCGCCGUCGUCCCUGUCGUCGGUGUCUGACGACGGUCAGCCACAGGUGCAGCCAUCCAGCGCGGACGUGGAGAGCGUCCUAUUCGAGGAGGCACCGAGGCGACUGAGGUGGUGGAACUGCGUGGCUCUCGUGCCGCGCUUCGUCGGCACCAUUCUCGACCUUCUGCACGAGUUGCACUCUUCCAGCGACAGGGGCACCAGCGGCUUCAGGUCGUCGAAGGUUAGCGGCUGCGACCCCAGCCCCCGCAGGACGCCCGUGGUGCAGAGGCGCAAGCAGUCGGAGCACCUGUUCGGACUCCUGCUGGAGAUUGGUCGCAUCAGCCACGCGGAAACCAGGCUGCUUCUGCGCGCAGGGACGAUCCCGAGCUCCUGGACGACCUUCACGACCGCCUUCGCCCCCUGCCUGAGGCUGCUGGCGGAGCUGGCGUGCUCCUGCGCCAUGUCCGGGAACGAGCCCUCGCCGCUACUGUUCCCAGUGCCCGAGGCCUCUGCCGAAGAGCUGACGACAACCAGCAGCAGCGACACGCAACCCGCGGCCGGCAACGACGACAAUGCUUCCGCCUCCGCAGCGGCCGCCCGCCGCCCCAUCAAGGCGGUCUUGUCGGUGCCCGCCCGCGUGCUCGGGGCUUGCCUGCCGGACACGAUGGACGAGGACCUCAAGGACAAGGUCGGGGAGGAGCUGGUCGUCCUGCCCAACGACGCCGAGGCCAGGAUGCUCACGAACGCGGCUGUCCUAGAGAUCCUCUUCAUGGGCAGGCCCAAGCCCACGAUGGCCCUCGGGCUGAUGCCGCUCGCCCACCACGCGGAGCAGCUGCGGUGCCUCCUUCGGCUGUCGAAGCACCUAUGCUGGAACAACACCAGGACAACUCACGCUGUGUUGUGCGAGUGCGCUCGCGGGCUGCACGAGGGACAGAUGCCCAGUUUCCACAUGCACCUCAGGGUGCUCCUGGGACUCGUCGGCGUCAUGGACAGGUACACCCACAUGCGGAUUCGCCAAGUGUCCAAUCACGUCAUCAGGGCUGCCGAGAUGAACAUGGACUACCCGAAGGAGUGUUCGGAGAUCCUGGGCGUGUUCGCGAAGGCCCUUCUCGGCAUGACGCCCGACCUGGUGCCCCUCGAGCUUCUCGACGCCCUCCGCGGCACCCUGCAGGACCACACCGAGUCGCUGGUGACCAGCUUCCUGCUCAACGUCAGGCUGCCCUCGGACGCCCGCCAGGCGGCCGCCCUCUGCCUCCUCCUGGAGGUCCCGCGGGUGUGGGCCCUCAACGGGUCCCCGACUCCGACGGGGAUUCCCUACCGCCGGCCCCCCGCCGCCGCCGCGGAGCACGGCACCGGCGGCAGUGGCAACGCCUCCUUCGUGUCCGCUGCUACUGCCGCUUCGGCAACCGGCACUACCGCCGCCGCUGCGUCGGGGGGAACCGGGGCAGAGGCUUGGGCGGGGGUUACCCAGCAGCAGCAGCAGCAACAGGGCACCACCGCUGCUGCUGCGGCGGCGGCGGCGACGACGGGCUCGCGGUGGGGCCGCGGGGGAGGGGACGCCGGGGCGCGGGAGAGGGAGGACCAGCUCCGGAAACAGGCAGAGGAUGCGGCGGAGACCCAAGCAGUGGCUGCAGCUUUCGCCGACACGGACUACGCGAUGCGGCCUGAUGAGGGCAACAUGAGCACGGGCAGCAGUGACGAGGUCCAGAUUGUUGGUGUUGUUCCCGGCAAAACGGGUUCCGUAGGGGGCACCGUGAAUGGCGGUGAUCAUGGUGGGUCCCUCGAUUCUGGGUCCCCUCGCCCUUACGGCCCUCAGCGGCAGCAGCAGCAGCAGCAGGAGCAGGAGCAGGGGCAGGAGGGAGGCGUUGGUGGAGAAGCCAAUGGGGGUCGGGCCGCCGAAGCGCAGCAGCAGCCGCAGCAGGCAGGGCAGCAGCAGGAGGAAGUUGAGGAGGGGGAGGACCUCUCCGAGAUGUGUAUUCACGAUGCCCUUUGGCUGCUGAGCAGGCUCAUGAAGGAGUUACCGGAGAUGGUUAACAUCAUAGAGGCUCACGGGAAGACCCACCAGCCAAUGCAGUUCGUGGAGAUGAUCCAGGCGAUGAUCACCCUCUCGACCGGUAGCCAACUCGAGAAGGCACAUCUGGCGGGGCACCUCCCCGCCAUUUUCAAGCUCCUCUUCAAGCUUGACAGACUGAGACGAGAGAACGACCACACCAAGGGAGUUUUGCUGGAGUUCAUAUGCGAUGCGAUGGAGAAGCACCCGGAGCUGUACGUCUGCUUGAAGGACGAGACGAUCGUGCAAGGGUUGACGAUGUUCUUCGUCCUCUGGCACGACAAGAAAGCCAGCAUCGAGUACAACGCGACCUACUCGUCCAUGUACUACGACCUCCUGCUGAAGGGGUGCCUGCUGUACCCCUCUUUCCUGGAAGCCGUCAAGUCCGCCAGCAGCCUCAUUUGGAGCAUGGAGUGGUUUCUACUCAGGGGAUACGCCCCAUCCUUCAAGAUGGCGACGACGCUCAUGUCGAUCUUCACGCUCUGCCUACGGAAGUACGGCGCGGGGUACGCCAGCCACGCUCUCUCGUGGACUCUCGGGCCUCAUGCCAAGGAGGUCUACCUCAAGGUGGGAGACGGGCCGAACCCGCGCCUACCGUUGUACGCUCUGUGGAUGAUCGAGGCUUGCGUCCGCCGGCCACAGUCCGGGUGGGACUCCGGUCCGGAGGGCGACGCCAUGGAGACGUUCAUCAAGUGCGGAGGGCUCGAUCAGGAGGUUCGACGAAAGGUGACCGUACUCUGCGAGAGGGUGAUCCUGAGCGUGCACGGCUGGCUCAACGAGGGCCGGGAGGUCGUGGUCCCCUCGCUGCGUCGUCGCGAUCAAGGAGGGGGAGGAGGGCCGUCGUCGUCGAGAAGAAGGGGGGCCACGCAGGCGGGAACUGCGGGGUCAGGGGGGGGCGCUUCGACGAGAAGAGCAACGACAACGGCACCGUCCGUGGGUAGUGGACGCAAGCGAGCGCGAGGGGAGGGGGGUGCCAGGGUCCCCGCUGUUGGGGGCAGGAGUGGGGGUGGCGGCGUGGAUGGGUCUGAGCCGGCGUCAACGGCGACGGGGGCGGCAGCACCAGCAGAAGCGCAAGUUGGCGGGGGAAACAGCGACCGGUCGGUGCCGGGCAAGGGGAAGAGCAGCUUCAGCGUGAGCGUUACUGUCGGCGGGGACAAGGGUGGGGGUAGGGGGCGGGGGAGGAGAAGAAGGGCUUCCGCUAGAGAGGAUGGAGAGGAUGUCGAGAUGGAAGACGCUAACGAUGUGGCGGGUGAUGCGGAUGAGGCUGAGGCUGAGGCAAGGCGGGGGGAAGAAAAGGAGCAACAGCGCCGACGUGAGUGUCGUCGCAAGAGGCUGGCCUUGCUGGUGAACAAGUGGACCCAUGCCGGCGUAGCGUGCCGGUGGCUGUUGCAGCACCUCUUGACUUCGGAACAGAGUCAGGCGCUUGUUGCUGCCGCUGCCGCUGCCGCUGCCGCUGCUGCGGCUGGCGCACCGCCCGGGCAGGGAGGGGUCUGCUGGGACCGGGGACGUGUUGGAGGCAACAGGCGAGAGCAGUACUGCCUUGUGUGUCGCCUAGACUCCCAUGAUAUGUAG